AUGAGUGAAUGUUUGAAAUAUGAAAAACCAAAUAAAGAAUGCAUGGAAUAUGCAAUUAUUUCACACAGCAUCGAUUUUGUUACAUUCUUGGUGAAUGAAUACGGUUAUAAAAUCGAUGUAAUUUAUUGUGUAUUGUAUAAUAAUCUUGAAUCAUUUUUAGCUUAUUUCGAUCAAACUAAUAAUAUUCACAGAUGUUUUGCUUAA